UUUUUAUGGUACAUGCAUUUUGUACUUCCCUGGCAUCUGUUUUAUGAAAGAAGGGUGUGAGUGAGCUAUUAUUUAGAGCUGAUAACAGGAAGUUGAAUGCAGGCAAAUCUCCACCCACUAACAGCAUGGUUGCUGCUGAGGCAAGUGUAAAGAGAACAAAGAAAUGACAAGCAAGGCAGUGAAUUGUGCUGGUAGUAUUCCAAGGGGCAUACUUUCCCUGCUUGUGUGGCUUACGCGUGCUGGAAAAUAUCAAGUCCAGUUCGAUCUCUGAAACAUUAAGACGGUGGUGUUUGCUACUUGCAGUGAUGGCAGCAGGAGAUCCUCCCACAUCACCUUGGAAGCCUGGACAGAGACUGCAGCAGAAGUGAGCAGUUUGCUGUCAAAAGCAAAACUGAGUCCAACGCAGCAAAACUGCCAACAUCCUCCUGCAUCUCCAAGUCUACAGGAACCUUCACCAAAUAUAGGCAUGUCGAAAAAUUGACACCAAUGCAAGAACUAAAUGUGAUUGUGCUGCAACAAAGUGUGAUCAAGUCAAGAACCAGUUUUUUGCAGAAUGUCUUGCUCCUUUCAUAGAGUUGACACUGCAAGGAAUCCUAACCAGCAGACGGCUUCCUGCUCUUACUUCUUCUGGACUCUUCAUUGUUCUUGAGAUAUUGGUGUUGAUAUAGAGUUAGAAUUGAGACCUGCCACCACUGCUGACUGCAGUCAUCUUCCACCUCUUCAAGACUAGUAUGACUUCAUCCCCUGAAGAGCCAGUUGUGGCUGAAAACAUAGCUGGCUUUUUCACACUCCAGCUGUGCUGAAUCCAAGAGGAGUUUGGUGCAGUUUGGACAAUGAAAGCCAAGACCAAGCAGUGGAAGCAGCUAGUGCUGAUUGGGAUACUGGCAUGGGCACUCGUCUUCUUGCUGCUGUUUACAUAUUUCACAGACUUCAAAACAGAUGAGCGUCCGGCCAGCUCUUUCACAUUCACUGAGACGAGAAGGCUCUUCCCCGUACAGGGUAAAAAGAGAGUCUUUAUGGGGGCUUUCCCAAAUCCAAAGGUCUCAGCAAGUCAAAGAGAAAAUAGCCUUUUCUUUGAGAAUGAUGAAGAUUCUGUGCAUUCAUUGCAUUUAGAUUCUUGGAAUGAUGGAAAUCUAAAAUGGACCCAAGAGGAAGAUAGUGGUGAACUUCAAGUCAAGAUAAGAAUGAAGAAGAUGAAGAUUGCCAGCGAGCAGCAAAUUCAACACAAGCUAAUAGAUACGAUAGUUAAAAUUGCUAAAGAUGGCAAUACUUAUGAGGAAACGAUUACUCAAGAUAGUAAAUCUAAACAUCACCAAAGGAUAAUGAAAAAUAAGAAACAACCAAACUAUCAAGUAGACCCAUUCCUUGAAAAUCUAGAUUCCUUAGACCUAGAGGACUUGGAGUUUUCCAAAUCCAGUUCGGUGCUUGCCAGUCUGUGGAGAGGAAAUGUUUCUUCUGGGAUGCUAAAUCCUCGCUUACAGAAAGCUAUGAAAGACUAUAUGAAUGAAAACAGACAUGGUGUCCAGUUUCAAAGGAGGAGUGGCAUGGAAAAGAUGAUUGGAGAAAAGCUUCUCUGUGAGCUAAAAGAUAAAAUCAAAGUAAGAACCUUAGAUGGGAAGGAGGCUCCAUUUUCUACAGCUAGAUGGAAAAAACACUUUCCUAAAAUACCACUGAACAAGAUCAGGACUAACACACAGUCGUACAGAAAUUGUGCUGUAGUCACCUCUGCUGGUUCAAUAUUGAAUUCCUCCCUUGGCGAAGAAAUAGAUUCCCAUGAUGCAGUGCUGAGAUUUAAUGCUGCUCCUACACGAGGUUAUGAGAAGGAUGUUGGGAGUAAAACCACAAUUCGUGUUAUUAAUUCACAAAUACUUGUUAACCCAGAGCACAAAUUUAAUAAUAACGUACUAUUUAAGAAUGUGGUUUUAGUGGCCUGGGAUCCUGCACCAUACUCAGUAAACCUCCUUAAGUGGUACAAGAAACCAGAUUACAACCUGUUCAUGCCCUAUUUGCGAUAUAGAAGAAAGAAUCCUGACCAGCCUUUCUACAUUCUUCAUCCAAAAUUUGUCUGGCAGCUUUGGGAUGUAAUCCAGGAAAACACUCAGGAAAACAUACAGCCAAACCCUCCCUCCUCAGGCUUCAUUGGAAUCCUUAUCAUGAUGUCCUUGUGUGACAAUGUCAAUAUCUAUGAGUAUAUCCCUUCCAUCAGACAGACAGAUCUCUGUCACUACCAUGAGCGAUACUAUGAUGCUGCCUGUACCUUGGGUGCCUACCACCCUUUGCUUUAUGAGAAACUUUUGGUACAACGCAUGAAUAAAGGAAUGGAAGCAGACUUAUAUACAAAAGGAAAGGUUAUUCUGCCUGGCUUUGGUACUAUGAAGUGUUCUGGAGAGUAAUGAACUUUGCGCUGUUGGCUAAGUGCUACAAUACAGAAUGUGAUAGUAUGGCAAAAUCUAAAAGAUACUUGAAAUGACAAUGUAGGACCAAUUUCAGGGUAACAGCAAGUUAAUGAGCCUUUAACUACAAAACAAUCCUACCACAUCAUUAUGAAGCUUUUGUAUCACACAGAUGUAUUGCAACACAUGCCUAAGCAAGUAAAGUCAAAUUUCAGAUAAAGACCAGACUUACAAAGAAUUUUCCUUUCCUCCUAUGCCACCAGUAACACACUGUUGUAUGAAUAGAGCCUGUAUACUUUAAGAAAAGUGGUGGUUAGUUUUGCUGUAACACUGGUUAGAUUAUAUUGUAAACAAUUACAUUUCUUACUUAAGCUCAGUGGCAAUUACCACCAGAUGUGGAGGUGCCAGUUUGGGUUGGGGUGGACAAGGUCAGAAAUCACAUGGCACCACAUUAUAGUCCAAUAGUUUUAUUUGAACACACGAGCUUUCAGAGCCUUACUCCUUUUUCAGGUAUUAGUGAGAGAGGUAGUAUCAGACACAGAAUUUAUAAGUAAGAGAUCAAAGGGUCACACCACUGGUGAGGACAUACUAAACAAAUCUAAGAUGCUGUUAAAUCUUUAAUCAGUUAGAAGUUUUAAUUGAUUAAUAUGUAUAUGUAAUUACUACCAGAAGUUAAGUUUUGCAUUGUGGAAUACUUUGCAGUGAGUAGCAGUCUCCUUUUGGAAACAUGACUCCUAAAGUUCAGCAUAAAUGACAGGAACAUAGAAUGUAGUGAAAUAUGUGGCUGGCUUGUUUGUGAUUUACUUACAUUUCUGCUCAGCUGGUAAUACAGUUUAGUUUUGAUAUUUUAAAUAGAAACAUAGUUAACAUUUUAAAAAGCCAGUAUGAAUGUACAAAAUAUAAACAGUAUGCAGAGGAAUAUUUAAAUAUUGUGCCAGCAAAUAUGUGGAACUGAUUUAGAUGAAUUCUUAAGUACCGCGGUUUUACUAAAUUUUAUUAAUUCCUGUUGAACGCCAAUGAUUUUCAAUAAUUUGCUGUGCGAACUUAAAUCUCACUGUUACUCUGAAUGUUAAUCUUUUACUGCUGCAGUUCAUUAAAACCUACAGCACAUCAAGCCAAAGUACCUUGCCAAACAUAACAAUGAGUUGGAGUUCUGAAUACCUCAACAUUUUGGGAUGUUAUUCAAACCCAUAACUUGCCACUGUGUUCUAUGAUGAACUGGAGUAAGGUGGGGCUUGUCGGAUUCCAGUGAAAGGCAAGCAUUUCUUCAUAGAGUGAGAUGAGAAACCAGUGACCAAUAACUGACUUUCUGUAUGGUUCUGUUAACGUUGUAAAAGUGCUACUAUAGAUGCCUCAGCAGACCUACAAGAAAGUUUUUUAGGAAAUGUUAACCAUUUUAUUAAAGAUGUGCCAAGUGUUUCCUCAACAUAUUGCAACUAUGAACUUUUUUUAGGCUUACUUAUAUCCUAGUUGGUGUUCUGCAGCCACAAAGCUGAAAAGAAAUCUAAUUAUUAAGACUUUCUAUCGCACUGAAAAAGCUUUAGGUGAAUCUACAUGCAAUACCCUGACUUGAAAACCGUGCUCACAUUUUAACAGCCGUGAUAAAUUCCAUCACAACAAUUGAGACAAUCCAAAACAUUCUAAAACAAUCAAAAGCGUUCUAAGUAACUCAACCCACAACAUUUGAAAAAUGUAAUUGCAUUCUAUUGCGCAAAGUUAGGAAAUCAUUUAAAAAUUUCAAGCAUCUGAAUCCAGCACAAAUUCUUUGCUAAAAAUUAAUCAGUUCUUCCAUACCCUAGCUGUGUACCAAAUGUUUGUGAACUAUGUCCACCAGGUUUGGAGACAAACAGACUGAGAAACAAGGAUGUAAACAUUACCCCCGCCCUCUAGUAGUGAUGUAACUAAAAUGCCAUUAAAUGGGAGUAUUACCUCUGCGUGCAUCAAUGUGUGGGUUGAAAUGCGUUAAAUGGGAGUAUACAGCCAAAAACAUCCUUAAAGGAGCCAUUCAAUAUUUGGUUUCAGAACUUAUGCCAAAAUAUUUAAUAUUCAAUGAAUUGAUUCCAUGACAUCAAAAAUAACAUGAUUCGAUUGAAUUAAAGGAUAUACCUUUAGCACAAGAUUAGUUGAAAAACUAACAUUUAAUGGACAAAUUAGUUGCAACUGGUGAUGAAAGUAAGUUAUGCCUACUUUCUCACUCAUGAACUGGACAGGAAAAUUGGUCACCAGGUAAACUGUGCUGCAGUUUCACCAUUAGUUCACCCACAGUCCUGGUGAAGACCCAUUUCAUCUCCUAGGAACUUGGUUUGUCAUCAAAUGUAACAACGUUUUACGUCAGCUAACAAUUUUGGACAUUAUAUCAUCCGUUCCUUAUUAAGUAUAAUGGUUGGGACUUACAACGUCAACUUGAACAUAAAAGGGAUCUAGCUGAGAAUAAGCCACCUCAACCAAAUUUCUAAUCUGUUUGUAAAAUUCCUUUUUACAUCAAAGUCCAGGUUUUGGCAUUAUCCUUGGAAAGUGCAUGCUUUUGUAUCAUGACAGAUACAAUGUGCUGUAAUUUUAAAUUUUGCCUAGAAAUGUCAGUUUAUAUGUGGGACAGCAUUUAUGCCCUCUGAAAUAUGGAACCCAUUUUAUCACUUGAAGCCUGUUUCAGGAAUAUAUUUCUAUAAAACAAUUAUGAUAGGCUAUUAGAAUUAAACAGCCUGCUCAUAGCUUGGAAAGGUUAUAAUUGACACAGUCAAUCUAAAAGAUACCACCAGAUGUAGUUUAGUUUAACCUGCAGUCCAGCUGAAAAAGAACAAAACUAGAAAGGUGAAAAUAUAAUUUUUGUAGAGGCAGAAUGUUCUUUCAGAAUCCACAACGAUAAAAUUUUAUCAGUCCUUGCAAAACGGCUAUGAAGCAAGGGCCUGGCAAAAUAGCAAGAAUCAGGUGAAGAAAGCUCCCUGUGUAGACUCAUUGCCAGAGUAUUUUUCCAGCAGGGGAAUCAGUUGCAAAGUGGUUGCAUUUUCCAAGGACGCAGGAAACCAAUUUGUUUACAAUAAGGCAUAACAGGCCAGUUUACAGAGCACCAGGCAUUUUGUGGAGCCUGGCUGUGGGAGGUCACUACCUAAAAGGAAGCAGCUUUCCUGCAGCUGCUUAAGGGGAUCAUUGCAGCAGGCAGCUUAAAGAGGCGGCUGGAAAACUGUGAAUACCUUCAGUCUCUUUGUCUGAGCAAAGAUACUCUAGCUAAUGUCUGACUGCAAAGGACACAUUUGAUGGGUGUGCUGCCUCCUGAGCUGCACAUGCAUACCACCAGUUAGUUGCGUUCUCCAAAAAGGUGACAGCUGACUAAAAGGCAGGAGAGAAAGUUCAAGCAGCUGGGUGCUGCUACCCCUCAUUCACCAUCAAUGCCUGUCCUUUGAUUCAAGGUUUACACAGGAUCAGAGUAGGUGCAGUCGUCUUUUCAGCUGCCACAAAAGCUUUAGAGAUUUACCUGUUCCGGCUUUGUUCAAGUAUAAUUUGUAUUCCUUGCACGUAUCAGGUGGAUUUACACAUAUUUAUAAGGACCUCAACUGCCUUAGAUGAACAUCUUAUAUCCCUACUGAAUGUAGCAGUGCCAACUCAUGACUCCCACCCACCACCCCUUGAGUUACAAACUCCAUGCAAGCCUAUUCAGUACCACCAUGGACACACAUCAGGACCCAUGGUUAGAUUAAGAAGAUCAGAUUCUUAAGUAUCUAUUGAUAAGUUUUCUAUUUAAAAGAAAUGCUGAUUCAAUCCCAUCGAUGACAGCUAAGUUCAUUCAACAACUUAACUUUCAUAAGAACAAUAAAAAUACUUUAUAAGCAUUUGGAGCUGCCACUCAAACUGUGAACUGACAGUUACCCCACUGUGAUGAAACCUUGUGAGAUCAGUCAUGCAGCAGAAAUUUUUAAUAAUAGCUGUCAACAGAGUAAAACAGUGUUCACACUGCAGACAGCUCUUUAUCAAAAAAAGGUUGGAUUUAAUUAGUUUGCCAGCUUGACAGAUUCAAUUAAUUUGGCAGUUUCCUAGAUAGCUUGAUAAUUCCAAGGACUGUUUCCACUUUUUAUACAUAUUCAUGUCUAUUCUUAGCAACCAACAGACUUGAUCUCUUCUAAAGGACACUCUCCCAUCUGCCUUUUGCACCUAUAAAUGGAUAUCAUAUCUCACCUAAUAACUGACAGCUUUAGAACUUAGCCUAGAAAGUAUAAAACAAACAAGUCAUGUUGUGUACACCAUCAUGAAAAUGGUGGUGCAGGGUUUGGGGGCAAGACUGCCAGAAUCAGGACUCCAUUACCAUGUUGGUGAAACAACAGACUGUCUCUGUCUUUAUGAAAAUUCAUGCCACAGUUGCUCACAGCAGUAUUAGUCAUAUGAGUAUUAUUGUAACCUGUUGUAUUUCAAAGAAAACCCUAAAAAUGUUUGGUUGCACCACAAUUUUAUCUUAUGGUUCAUUCUCAGAAAUAACAAUAUAAUUGCUGAAGAGUUGUUCAGUCAAACUAUUAACUACUGUUCAUUAGAGGAUAAAAUAUAAAGCCUGAAAUUUGUGUCUACAGUGAACUUGUGAAAAAAAUACCUUUAAGGCUGUCUGAAAAUCAGAUUCUACAUUUGCAUCAGCAUAUAUUAUGAAGACGUCAUUAUUCUUAAUAAUAUGUCUUCUGUUGUUGUACUAACAGAAAUACUUAUAUUUGUGCAUAUACAUUACUAUUUGACCUAUAGGAUGCCUGUGUUUUCUGAUCUGAAGAGACUUUUAUGACUCUUUAUUAUAUCAAGAUAACUCUUCAUUUCAGCUGAUUUUUUUUCAAUGUAUUCAUUUUCUUUCCUUUUUAUAAAAUUCAUGUAUAAAAAUGACCACUGACAAAAUUAAUGGAAACAUUUCAUAAUCUUAAUACAUGCACAUGAAAUCCUUUGUUAAGUCAUUGAGUCAUGGAGUCAUGCAGCAUGGAAACAGACCCUUCAGUCCAACUAGUCCAUGCCUACAAAUGUUCCCCAAACUAAACUAGUCCCAACUGCCUGCAUUUAGCCCAUAUCCCUCCAAACUAUUCCUAUUCAUGUACUUAUCCAAAUGUCUUAUAAAUGUUGUACUAUACAUGCAGUUUAUUCCAAAUACUAACUAGUCUCUGUGUAAAAAUGUUACCCCCCCCAUAUCCUUUCUAAAUCCUUCUCAUCUCCCCUCAAAAACAUGCCCCCUAGUUUAGAACUCCCAUAUUUUAAGUAUUACCGUUAAAUGAGUGACAGGAAUUACCCAUGAAACCAAUAAGCAUUUGCUCACUGCCAAAAUCAACAGUGAUAUUCAAAUGCGCAUUGUUAUUAAAUUCCAUGAAAGAAACUACAGCACGGGAAGUUUCCAGCUUGCCAACUGACGGAUUAUUAUGAAGAGAAAAUAGACCAGCAGUAAGAAAAAUAACACUGUUGCCUUUAUCAUUGUGUAUUUUAAGAGCACUUUCAAAAGUAUUACUUCCAAGAGAACUUGUAACUCUAUGAAUGUCCUUAACUGCAAAAUGACAGCAGUCAUGAGCAUCAUUUUAAACUUAACUAAGUAAUAUUUGCACACUGAAAAUUUCAACUAUCAAAGGUAAUUUCAGAUAAUCCCUUUUUGCCAGAUCACACCUGAAGUCUUUAAUUUCUUUCAGCAAUUAAAAUGUUAAAGUUUGAGAUGCUGCCAUCAAGAUGCACGAUAUUCAAAUAUUAACAACUUAACGUGAAUUUAUUUAUUUGAGGAUACACAGACUGUUUAACAUUACUCCAUACAGUCUUCCAACUAUGAUGACUAUUCUGGACUGAAUGAUCCAUUUCAAGAAAAGCCCGUGGGUUAAAAUAUUGGGAUUGCUGUAAUUGCAGCAGUACACUCAUAUAGAUGCUAGUAUGAAGGAUGUUUCUCUGUUUGAACGUUUUUAUGUAACUUUAUUUAAAAGUCCAAUUUUUCCAUGAUCUGCUCAGCUCAACAUGUAGUAACCUGAGGCAUUUUUGAAGAUUUUGUGACUAUUUUAAAUGUUUUGCAUUGUGAAUUGUACAAAAUAAAAACAAUACCCAAACCAGACCUCUUUUAAAUAAUUGGCGCGAUAAUUAUGUUUGGUGCAAAAAUACAAUAAUAUUUUACAACAAUCUGAAAUUUUCACAAACUGCUUAAUUUUUGUAAUUGUGUUUUCAGCUUUUUAUGAGCGCGCAUUCCAUUGAAUUGGUGAUUAGCAAACUAAA